UCCAAGAAUCCAUAUUUCUUUGCUAAAAUUAGGUUGUUGAGAUGGGGAAUUGUGUGUUCAAGGGUUUUGGUUUUGGUGAAGUUGAUGAAGAAGAAGAAAACAACAAGAUGGUUAUAAAAGUGGUGACUUGUAAUGGUGGCAUCAUGGAGUUCCAUGCACCCAUCACAGCCCAUUGCAUCACUAAUGAAUUCCCAGGACAUGCCAUUUAUCAUAGCCAUGACAUGUUCUCUCCACCACUUUUUCCUAAUGAGGAACUUCAUGCUGGUGAAUCAUACUAUCUCCUUCCUUUACUAAACCAUCCUAUUAUUAAAUCCAAAAGAGGUCAAAAAGAUGAAAAAAGUGAUGUUGAUGAUGUUACUUCUUGUGAUAGUAGUCGAAGCAAUUUGCCUCAACCAACACCUUAUAGGAUGUCAUUUGAUAAUCAAAGGAUGCUAAAGAGAUCAGAAGCUGAGGUUUUUCCUACCUACAAUAGUACAGGUGUGUGGAAAGUGAAGUUACUUAUUAGCCCUGAACAAUUGUCAGAAAUUUUGUCACAUGAGGCACGUACAGAGGCACUAAUAGAGAGUGUUAGGACAGUGGCCAAAUGUGGUUCUGGUGCUUCUUCUAUGGCUACUGCUCACUCAGACAAAUGGAGUUAUUCUAGCACUAAUAAUAAUAAUUGGAAGGCAGCCACUCCUAUCUGA